UUACAGAUCAGGCGGAAUCCAUCCACCACAUGCAAGCGACAAAAUGAAGUACAUCUGCUUCGUCAUCAGAGCAGACGAUCGGUGCCCAUGGCUUUUGACUCAUUGCAAUCGUCUAAGCACGUCUGCGUCGUCGGCGCUGGCCCCUCUGGUCUCAUCUCCGCCCGUGAGCUCCUCAAGGAAGGCCACUCCGUCGUCGUGCUGGAGCAGAACCACGACCUCGGCGGCCAGUGGCUCUACCAAGAUGCCGACGCCACUGCCACCGUCCACAGCAGCGUCUUCGCCUCCUUGCGCAUCAACGCGCCCAGAAUGUACAUGGAGUUUUCCGACUUCAUGUUCACUCCCGUCGAAGGAAGAGACACCAGGAACUACCCCGGCCACCGAGAGCUCUUCCUCUACCUCAAAGACUUCGCCCGGUGUUUCGAGUUAACAGAGUUCAUCAGGUUCAACACAGAAGUAAUCCAUGUCGGCUUGGCGACGCCAACUCAGAAAUGGAUUGUGAGAUCAAGGGACAGGAGAACUGAUGACGGUCAGUUCAUGGAAGAGAUCUUUGAUGCGGUUGUCGUCGCCACUGGGCAUUACUCAGUGCCCUGGCUUCCAAAAAUCAAGGGAAUGGAGGAGUGGAAGAGGAAGCAGCUUCACAGCCAUGUCUACAGAGUCCCAGAGCCAUUCCAAGAUGAGGUGGUGGUGGUCGUUGGUGGUUCAAUCAGUGGACCAGAGAUUGCUCUGGAGCUUGUUCAUGUAGCCAAAGAAGUUCAUAUAAGUACCAAAAACGUCGAAAUCCCUGAGAAACUAGUGAAGCCUGUGGCUAAGUAUGAACAUUUGCAUUGGCACCAAGAGAUUGAGUUGAUUUGUGAAGACGGAACUGUUGUAUUUGCUGAUGGUUCAAGUGUGGUUGCUGAUAGUAUUCUCUACUGUACUGGGUAUUCAUAUUCAUUUCCAUUCCUGGACACCAAAGGAAUCAUCCAUGUGGAUGAGAAAAAAAUUGGACCUUUGUAUGAAUACACAUUUGCUCCUCUUUCUCCAUCCCUUUCUUUCGUUGGGAUUCCAAACAUGUUUGCCACCUGUCGAUUUUUGGAGUCGCAAGCGAGACGGAUAGCUCAGGUUCUCUCUGGGAAGAGGAAGCUGCCGUCGGCAGACAAUAUGAUGAAGGCAAUUGAAGAAGUCCAGCGCCUUAAAGAGCUCGAGGAACCACCAAAAAAUGUCAUACAAGUAAUUGCUGAAUUAUUGGAGUAUUAUGAUAGGUAUGGAGAUCAAUGUGAUUUUCCACACUUGGAGGAUUGGAGAAAAGAGAACAUCCUGCGUCAAUUGGAAAAUGGCAUUAACAAUUUUGAAACAUUCAGGGAUGAGUAGCAAGGAUAGGAAUUUGCUUCAAGUGGUUCUUCUUGCAAAUUUGAAAACUCAAUCAGCCAUCUCUAUGAGUUUUUCUUCUACUUUUGUUAUUUACAUUUGUCAUUGAUCAAUGAAGUGAGAAUAAAAAUAUAGAUAAUGAUGCUUUUGAUUCCUUAAA